UCACGUCUUAACAGGAACCCUUACUUUCUUGCCGUCCGUUAAUAAUUCUGUGUGAUCAAGUUUCAGGUGAUACGGUGCGUUUUGGAGCGGCCGAAAUAAAAUCGACAAGCGGUACAGUCAUAUCGGCCUGCGCGGAGAAGUAAAACCCCAACAGAGCCCUCUAGAGCGCGAAAACAGAAAAAGCCGCAGAAGACGCGACCUGAGAGAGAAAGAUGAUAAUUCCAGUUCGUUGCUUCUCCUGCGGCAAGGUCAUCGGAAACAAGUGGGACACUUAUCUUGACCUUCUCCAGGCAGACUACACUGAAGGAGAUGCACUUGAUGCAUUAGGUUUGGUCCGUUACUGCUGUAGACGAAUGCUUAUGACUCAUGUGGACCUCAUUGAAAAGCUUCUCAACUACAACACUUUGGAGAAGUCUGAGACCAGCUGAGGGAGCUGACGGAGUGACUUGAAGUUGAUUUUCUCGUAUACACUGUUGCCUUUGCUUGUCAGCUUCUAUAUUGUAAUAUCUUGUUAACAGUUACUGUGUUUACUGAGUUUUGUUUAGGAUGGGGCAAUAUUACAAUCAGGUCAAUGGGACUGGCUGUGCUUAUAGAUGUUGCCAUGUUUCAUGGAUAUUAUGUGUAAGAAAAGCUACCUAAGAAGCUGAAAUAUCAAAUGCUUGGGAUAUUGUGUUUCUGUUUGA